AUGACUCUAACGGGAAAGAUUCCCCGUGAUUUUGGAAACCUCACAUUUCUCGUUUCUCUUGACUUGAGAAGCAAUAAUUUCCAUGGAAAUUUGCCACAAGAAAUGGCACACUUGCGCCGGCUUAAGUUUCUUGAUUUAAGUUUCAACAACUUUAGAGGGGAGAUUCCUUCUUGGUUUGGGUUUUUACAUCGACUUCAAGUUCUUAAUAUUAGACAUAAUAAUUUCACUGGUUCCAUCCCUUCUUCAUUUUUUAAUAUAUCCACACUCGAGACUUUGAAUCUUAAUUUCAAUUCCAUAGAGGGCCAAAUCCCAAAAGUAAUUGGAAGUCUUAUAAACCUUAGAGAAUUAAUGUUGAAGGGUAACAAGCUCAUAGGUUCUAUUCCUUUGUCACUCUCGAAUGUCUCAGGGUUGGAGACUUUACAGAUAUCUACUAAUUCACUUCAAGGAAACAUUCCAGAAGGGAUCGGAAAUCUUCACAACAUGAACUUUUUGUCCAUAGAAUAUAAUCAACUUACAGGUUCUAUACCAUUCUCCAUUUUCAAUAUUUCUCGAAUUGAAUUCAUUGCAUUUACUGGCAAUAGCUUAUCUGGAGAUCUUCCCAAUGAUUUAUGCAAUCGUCUCCCAAUACUCAAAGGGCUUUUUCUAUCUGCAAACAAGUUUCAUGGCCAUAUGCCUACAAGCUUGUCAAAUUGUUCACAACUUCAACUAUUGGGUUUAUCAGAAAAUGAGUUUGAUGGACCAAUACUUAGUGAAAUUGGAAGUUUAACUAAACUGCAAGGAUUGGGUCUCGGAUCUAACUAUUUCACUGGUAUGUUUAAUCUUAUAAAUGCUAUUACUAUUGGAUAA